AUGCCCCCAUGGGGAAGACCACCGGGGGCGAAGGGGAGCAAGGCGCGCAAGCGGUGGGAGCGCGACCAGGCUCGCUACCGCGAGAGCGUGCGCGUCGAGGAGCUCGACUCGGACGACUCCUCGGACGCGCGCGGUGUCGACGUUAACGGCUACCCCGCCCGCUACGCCGCCAUCGAUGUCGCCCCCAAAUCGAGAAAGGCAUACGCGUACCAGUCCGACUCGUCGUCCAGCAGCAGCAGCGCCUCCUCCACCGACAGCGACAGCAGCGGCAACGUCAGCGCGGCCCAGAUCGCCCUUCGCGACAAGGAGGAAGCCCUCGUCCAAUCCGCACUCGCGCGCAUCCGGCGCGCCCAAGAAAAAGGAAAAUUAGAAGUGAAGCUCCGCGAGGAUGAGCUCGCCGCCCUCGAAAACAGGCGGAAGCGCAUCGCUGCCGAGAAUGCGGCGAAGGCGAAACCUAAAUCCUCGUCCUCGUCGUCUAAACGCGAUAAAAACAGUGGCGGCAGCGACCGAAAGAAAAAGAAGGGUUCUGGUCCGCCAAUGGUGACUGUCCCCAUCGUCCCGCCGCCCGAAUCCGCACCGUCGUCGUCAAGACCGCAAUCCAGACGCCACAGCCGCGCCAUCCACGCUGACCCCGCACUGAUGGAGUCCUACGCCGCAGCGGAAUACCGCCCCCCCUCCUCGCACUCGCACCAGCACCAACACCACGCGUCGCCGGGUCGUCAACGGUCGUCGUCGUCGCUCGCGCGCCCGGGGUCGCAGCACUACGCGUACCCGCCGCCGCCGAUGAUGACGGGUCGCCAUGUCUCGGAUGGGGUGAGGCCCGGGUCGUCGGCGUCGAUGGCGGGGAUGCAGAUGCCUAUGACUGUUAUGCGGGCGAUGUUGCCGCAUGAGGAGGGCUGGGAUCCGAGUGCGUCGCGCAGGGGGAGCGUGGGGAGUGGGGUGGGGGGGGUGGAGUAUGAUCCGUUUGAGUACCAGGUUAGGGGGGAGGGGGAGUAUGGGCGUGGUGGUGGGGGGUAUGCUGGUGGUGGAGGUGGAGGGGGGGGGUAUCCUGUGGGAGGGGAGGUGGUGUAUUCGAAUGUUAGGAGGGUUAUGCCUCCUGGCGGUGGUGGGGGGUAUGUGGAGAGGAGGGACGAGAGUAGUAGUAGCGAGGAGACGGAUGAGGGGAGUGGUGUCAGGGUUGUACCGGAGCGGGUUAGGGAGAGGGAGGUUGUUCCUGUGCCGGUGGCGACGCCGUCGAAGAAGGGGAGGAAGAAGAAGCGGUAGUUCAUUUGCGCGCGGGGGGUUCGACUCCUGUUUUUGUUUUAAUGGCUUGUUUUUUUUUGGAGAGAGAGAGGGAGAUGGGGUUGUGCGUUGUUUUUUGCUUUCUAAUGAUGAAGAUGACUUGUUUGUUUUUUAGCUCUAAAAUUGGGGGGAAAGGGGAGGUUGCAUAUAGAAGUUUAUUCGUAAUGGGUGGAAAAGCGAGGGGGGG